GUCACACACACCACCGUGUCAGUGUCACUGCUACACUCAGAAUAAACCACCACCUGCAUCAUAUCCUGCAUCUUAUCUGCUCAGUGAUGCUCCUGUGGUGCUUUUUCCACUGAUAGAUAGGGUAGAAGGGUGCCAAUACUUUGUGCAACACAAGUCACUAAAUGUACACACAGGAAGUGAUCUAUAUGGUAAAUGAAUCAGAUAAACUCCCAACUUAACAACAAGUUAAUAUAUGCAGCCUAUAUGCAGUAUAUAGUGUGUCAAAGCCACUGUUUCAUCCCAAUACAGUGCUCCUUUGAGAACCGAACCUUAUCACGUGACGAACGUAAUGGCGUCGCGUACGGAUUGCGUCAUCGCGUACGGAAGAGGAGCAAAACAAACGUUAACCGUUAGCAUCGCUGUGCUACUUAACUCUCUCCGCCGUAUUAUCACGUUAUUACACAAAUUAUUACAGUCAUUAGCUUGGCUUUAUCCAGCAUCGCCAGGCUAAAUAAAACCGUUUAUGUUUGGUUUGAAUUAGCUAGUUGUGGAGAAGGUAGCCUAGCCUAGCUUAGCCUAGCUUAGCCUAGCCAUGGUGUCCAUAAGUUUGUGUGUGUGAGAGCCAUGUCUGUUUCCACGGUCACGGAUUUUAAUUAAAAUUCUGUUAAAACUCUGAGAAAUGACCACAGAGACGUUCGUGAAGGACAUUAAACCCGGACUGAAGAAUUUAAAUGUCAUCUUCAUCGUCCUGGAGACAGGAAGGGUGACCAAAACUAAAGAUGGCCACGAGGUGCGCACCUGUAAGGUAGCUGAUAAGACGGGGAGCAUCAGCAUAUCAGUGUGGGAUGAAGUGGGAGCGCUCAUUCAGACCGGAGACAUCCUCCGACUGACCAAAGGCUAUGCAUCUGUUUUUAAAGGCUGUCUCACGCUGUAUACAGGAAGAGGAGGAGAUCUGCAGAAGAUCGGAGAGUUUUGCAUGGUGUACUCCGAAGUGCCAAACUUCAGCGAGCCGAACCCGGAAUAUUUGGCUCUGAUGAACAAAACAGGACUUAAUGAGCAAGGAAACAACGCAAACAACAACAACGGUUCCUCGAGUACCGCGGGUAACGAUGCGACUAACGGUAACGGAGUGAACUGUCAGAGCUCGGCGAGCGCGCAGCCGAGCGGCCGGGCGAACGUCGGGAACGCCAACAGAAGCUCCGCCUCCGGAAGCGCAGUGAGUAACGGGAAAGAGACACGACGUUCCGCUAAAAGAUGAUCCGAGCUGCGAGGGUGUCCGAGCGGGAUCCGAUUCUCUGUAUGAGUCAAGAACGAAUCGAUUCACGAGUCGAUUCUUCUGAAUAAUUCUACAGCAUGUGUCUGUGACGUGGAUGUGUCCUGAACAGCGUAAUAUAUUUAUCUGUGUCCGCUAAAAGACGCUUUUUAUUUCUUUUAUUUGUUUUUUUUUUUUUUUGUCCUACACAAGAUGGCCGACUGGACCUGGUGAACAUGAUGAUCAUUUUGAGCCUUAAAUGAUUUGAUUCAAUUUCAAACUCGUACUGAUAUCUCUAACCGUAAAUCUCUGUAUUAGGGCUGUAGACGCUACUCACACACUCACACACUCAUUUUCCUUCUUAUAAACACUUUUAAAAUUUAUAUAUAUACAUAUAUAUAUAUUUUUUUUAAUUUAUAGAACAUCCCACUCUUAAUUGUUUUUUUUUUUUGCAAAUAAAAAAAUUAUUUUGCUUAAUUUAAACACAUGUUGGCAAAAAUAUUUUUAACAGAAUUAGACUUUUUGUUUUUUUUAUUUAAUACAACAUCCAACUUUUCUUAAUAUAAUGCUUCUUUUUAUUUUAUUUUAUUUUUAUUUUUUAUUUUUUUGCAAAUACAGAAAUGUUUUUCCUUCAUUUUAACACUUACACACACUAAACAUAUAACGAUCAUCCAGUUUUCUUUCAUAUGAUAAAUCUUUUUUUUUUUCGUCUUUUUGCAAAUAAAUUUUUUCCUUAUUUUUAACACUUUUUUCAAAUAGACGCAACAGAAUUAGAGGUAUUUUAAUUAACAAAACAUCUGAUUUUUCUUAAUAUAAUGCAUCGUUUUAUUUUUUUGCAAAUAAAAUAAUUAAUGUUCUUCAUUUUUAACGCUUAUAUAUAUUUUAAGUGUUAAAAAUAAAGAUUAAUUAUUUUGUUUCAUUAGUAUACUAACUAGAAUGAAUUAGAGGCAUUUUUAAUUAAUAAAAUAUCCGAUAUUAUUUAAUAUAAUGCAUCAUUUUAGGUUUGUUUUGUUUUGUUUUUUGCAACAAAAAAAGAUUUACUUUAUUUUAACACUUUUUUUAAUAUAUGUAACAGCAUUAAAGUACGAUAUAUUUUUUAGUUUUAAUUAUUAAAGCAUUGAAUGAAUAAAAUGUCUAGUUCUUAUGAAGUAAGUCAACGCUCUCUUAGUGUCUUCAUUACUCUAACAUUGUUUUAACGAAUCAGCUGAUUAAUCAGCGACUAACACUUCAACACUUACACACUUAAACACUUAAAGCGAUGAAAUUAAACGUUUACACGGAUACACUUACGCCUUUUUUUUUUUCGGGGGGUGUUUACUUUACAUUCCUGGUGGUUCUGACGUCAUCAUCUGCGUAAAACUGUAAAAUAACUGAUUUAAGAGAACAUUAUUCUCUCGCCUUGUUCAUAUUACACAUAACCAUGGAAAUAUUUUUUUUUAUUAUUUUAUAGUGAAAUAUUUUACAGUGAAGCGAUGUUAACACUGUUAUAAAGGAAAAGAGAAUUUUAUGUUUCAGUCUGUUCUUGAUUUAAUGACAAAUUCAUUUUAAUCCAGUCUGUAACUCGCUUAACUUUUUUUAAAAAUAUAAUAUUGUGGUGUUUUUGUUUUUGUUUUUUUUACGCUUCUGCCUUCCUCAUGCACAGGGUUGCCAGAUUGGAUCAGCUCAAACUGAAUCAUAACUUCAAACAGAAAUAUUUGUAAUAUUCACCAUUCUAAUGUAUGAUAUAAAGCAGUAUAUAAAAUAGAAAAAUAAUUCUAAUUUUGAGAUGUUAUUAAAUAAAUAGUGAAUCGGUCUGAUCUGGCAACGCUGAUCAUAAAAAAAAGUUUUUUGUGUUCCCUGUGUUUUCUGUUCACGUUAAAAAUGUCAAAGCAGCGUCCUGAGAACUGCAUGAAAUGUUCAUGCUGAAUAAAAUAAUAUGAAAAUAUAUUUUUAA